AUGACUCGCACUCGCAUUUAUCCCAAGCAUUGGGGCGUAGACGACAGUUGGGCCACCCAACCACAUACAGACUUGUCGUAUCCCUUACCAGACAAUGAUACCACCAAAAAGUUUAGUGUUUCCUCUGGUAUCACUGGAAGAAUAAUGGAGUUGAGAGACCACCAUGUACAUCUGCUGGAGUUCCUCCUUUCUAACGGAACUCGUAUCGGCAAUAUAAAGGACCUAGAAGUACUUGAGCGGAUCUCGGUCCGUUACUCCCCACUCAGAUACUCAACAGCGGGCCAAGCCACGAGUGUCUUCGAAGCAGCACUCAUCAAGGCCGUUCAGCUUGCCCCGCCUUCUUUGACGCUAUCCACCCGUAUCUUUAACACUGGUUCUUCAUCAGCGACACAGUCUAUGGAAGAGGUUUCCGGCCUUUCGAAUCCAACAGAGAACGGUACUCCCGAACAGAUUGUGAUGAAGAAGGGUUCUUUGACGUCGCCAAUGUUAUUAUCGUUGCGCGGGGUCAAGAUGGAAAAUGGACGAUCGGACCUGGAUGCAAUGUUCAAAGAAGAGGUUAGCGUGGCCUCGGGGAGCGAGGACGUUCCUGAAAUGGCCGGUCUUGGUGUAAGUCUAUGUCUGGGUACAAGUCUUGGUACAGGUGGCGAUGCUCUGACGGAGUUUGAAGACGCCGGCACUCCUACGAGCAUGGCUGACUCAUCACCUACCCGCGGGCCAGGUGAAAUUGACGCGGCACUGUAA